AUGCUCGCGAUACCUGCGCCCUAUGAGGCUCGUCGCCGACGCACCGAGUGGCCCGAGAGCGUGCGACAGGACCCGGAAGUCAAAGAAUUAGACGAGGAGAGCGGUGAAUGGAUCCUGUGUCGCACCUGUGCUGAGCAUUAUGAGCGAACGCGAAGAGGCCGAAAACCCAACGAUCCAAAAGGUUUCAGGGUUAAGAUGAACGGGAGAUUUCAAGAAGCAGCCUGGGUGAUGCACAAGAGCCGCGUGGUAGCCCAUAGAGGCACCCCGUACAUGACUACAGAGACAUCAGAGGAAGAGGAGAGACGACGCGAGGUUGAGAUGCAAUUCGAGGUGCGACGGAUUCUGCCCAAGAGGCGAAGAGUUGGAAGCACUGAAGAGGGAGAAGAAGAGGGCGUGGAGGUGGAGAACAGGGAGGAGAGACAAGUGGACGAACCCAGUGCUUGCGCAACGUUGAUUCAUCUUCCGACGACUGGAUGGCGCUGCCCAGGAAUCGUGCCCGAUGCGUUCUAUCGUGAGAAUGUGGAGCUGGUCCAUGCCUUUGCCAAGUAUUAUGUGGGGACGUAUCGCGUCAAUGUGGUGAGGGAUCUUCGAUCGGACAAAGUUAUGUUGUUUUCACACGACUGUGAGAAUCAGAUUGUGCAUCGAGAACGACCAGAUCAGCCAGAUUCUUGUGAAAGAUGCUACUCGGUGUGGCUGCAUAACAAGAGUUUCAAGAGGAUUCUGAAGAAGAUGGAUCGCUAUACACUUGUCGAAGAAAUCCUACGUCAUUCAUGGAGUGUGUCAGCCGAUGAGUUGUCGGUUCUGUCCAAGUUUAAGCACUCGAGUGACAUGAAUCUCAAUCUCGAAGGCCGAAAGUUGAAGCAAGCGGCUAUGGCAGCUGUUCAGCAUUUCUGUGGGUCUACUGCACGAAAAGGCUCUGGUAGGACCAGAGCGAUCACAGCUCGAAACGAACGCUUUGACCGAGUUCAGCAGCCUCUUUCGAUGGAAGUGAUGCUGCAGCUGCAAUCGCUAGAUUCAUCAAUGCACACCACCGCAGCGCCUGAAGCCAUGGAAAACCAGAAAGGAAAUAUGCAACAGCCCAGCUCGCCCAAUGCUUAUCUCAUCCAGCAGAAUGCUGCAGCUACAGAAGCCAUCGAGCAGUUUCCUUCAUCACGAGAUGAAUAA